AUGAAUAUAAUGCGAUCUCCACCUACUACCGCCGGCGGCUCGCAACCUGACUUGUCAAAAAUUCCGGUAGAUAAUAUUUCCGAUACACAAAUUACUUUUAGAAAACGUAAACAACCGGCUGAUCGUGAAUGCCAAUGUUCGGAUGAGAUUAAGUUGGUGCGAAAUGAGUUAUCACGAAUAACUUCCUUAUUAGAAAAUUAUAUUGGGUCAAAUACACAAAUAAUGAGUCAAAUGAACCAGAGUAUUGUUGAAGUUAAGAGUGAAAUUACCGAUCUACGGGCCUCGCAUAAACAUACUAGAAACUUGAUUAGCUCUAAUGUAGCAGAAAUUAGUAUGCAAAUCCAAGACAUUAAGACCGCCACGUCACAAAUUUCCAUAGAAAAUAGUCAUAUAAAAACUCAGUUAUCGCAGUUGCAGUCAAAAGUGUAA